ACAAAACUAAUAGCAAUAAUAAAAACUCUGAUGAUCCUAUUAACUCUUCCAAUAAUGACAAUCUUGAUGAUCCUGAUGAAGAAUAUGAAUCUAUUGCCGGGUCUAUACUUGCCCAACCAACAAUCUUUGAAACAUUUUAUAAAAUUAUUAAAAAGACUAAUAAAGAAAAGCAAAAAGAAGUUAGUAAAGAAGAAGCAGAAGUUGAUAAAGAAAAGCAAAAGGAAGUUGGUGAAGAAGAAGACAAAGAUGAUAAAGAAAAGCAAAAGGAAGUUG